AUGCGUUAUCAAUUACCAACACGUCUUCAAGCUGCUAUUCUUGAUUGGGCUGGUACUGUGGUCAAUUUUGAAGAAGCACGUGGACCUAUGGGUAUUGGUAAACAAGAUCAUAUUCGAACACUUUGUAAUCAAACAGCUAUUGCUGAACGGUUUCAUCAUCGAUUCGGACGUUUGCCAAAUGAUACUGAUGUGAACGAGAUCUAUAAAGAAUUUAUGUCAUUACAAGUUGCGAAAGUAGGAGAAUAUUCAGCAUUGAUCCUUGGUGCAUUGGAUGCUAUAGCUAAAUUACGACAAGCUGGUCUAAAAAUUGGUUCAACAUCCGGCUAUCCCAAGGAAGUAAUGGAAAAAUUAGCACAACAAGCUGCUGCUAUUGGUUAUACACCAGAUUGUAUAAUAGCAACGGAUGAAGUACCAAAAGGUCGUCCUAGUCCAGCACAAGCAUUAGCUAAUGUAAUUGCUCUUAGAAUCGAUAAUGUAGCUGCUUGUAUUAAAGUAGAUGAUACUGUACCAGGUAUUCUCGAAGGUCUUAGUGCAGGUAUGUGGACAGUAGCAUUACGUUUUUCCGGUAAUCUACUUGGUCUAACUUGGAAUGAAUAUUCUGCUCUUUCAUCUGAUCGUUUAAGUGUUGAACAUGAACGUAUCGAUAAAUUAUUUGCUCCAAGUAAACCACAUUAUAUAAUAGAUACGAUUGUCGAUUUGCCGUCAAUAAUUACUGAUAUUAAUACACGUUUAAUGCGUGGUGAAACUCCUGCUCAACAUUGA